AUGAACACGAGACGAGUUAUUUCAACGAUGACAUGCUCAUUCACCCUUUUACUAAAUACUAACUAUAGGUAUAAGAUAAUCUCGCAACAAGGGGCCACUUUCACCAUCAUGGUGGCGGGAGAAAGUGGUCUUGGGAAAACGACAUUGAUCAAUACUCUCUUUCAUUCGUCGUUAAAACCAUACCAAGAUCCCAAUGAGAGACACAACAAGUUUACAUCUCCACAGCAAACCGUAGAUAUCGAUAUUGUGCGGGCCGAGAUCGAAGAGAAGAACUUUAAGGUUCGUCUUAAUAUCAUUGACACUCCUGGAUUUGGUAACAAUGUCAACAACCAGGAUUCGUGGGCACCAAUAGUCGAUUUUAUCGACGACCAACACGAGCUGUUUAUGAGACAGGAACAACAGCCACGCAGAACCCACAAAAAGGACUUGAGAGUCCAUGCCUGUUUAUAUUUCAUCCGUCCUACAGGUCACAGUCUUAAGCCACUCGAUAUUGAAGUGAUGAAACGGCUCUCAACCAGAGUGAACUUGAUUCCCGUGAUUGCCAAGUCCGACACUUUGGCGCCACAGGAAUUGGAUGCGUUCAAGUCUCGCAUAAGAGAUGUCAUUGAAGCACAAGACAUCAACAUAUACACCCCUCCAUUCGACUACGACGACCCAGCUGGAGCCGAGCACGCCAAGCAAUUGAUCGAAGCAAUGCCAUUCGCCGUGAUUGGAUCUGAAGACGAGUACGAAGUUGCACCUGGUCAAUAUUCUCGUGGAAGAAGAUACCCAUGGGGAUUAGUUGAGGUGGAAAACGACAAGCAUUGCGAUUUCAAGAAAUUGCGGAGUUUGUUGUUGAGAACCAAUAUGAUCGACUUGAUUUUGCUGACAAACGAGGUUCACUUCGAAGCUUACAGGCGCCUCAAAUUGGACGAUAAUGAACCUAGUGGUGAAGCUAACGGAGGUGUGAGCGACGAGAUUAAGAAGGCUAUGAAACCUCGUAGACUGCACAACCCCAAGUUUAAGGAAGAGGAGGAUGCGUUGAAAAAAUUCUUUACCGAGCAAGUCAAGGCAGAAGAGCUGCGGUUCAGACAGUGGGAAAGCAACAUUGUUAAUGAACGAAACCGUCUCAACCUGGACCUUGAAGAAAUGCAAAGUAAGUUGAAGACGCUUGAAGAGCAGGUGAAGAAGUUGCAAUUGACCAAGAGAUAA